CGAUAUUUAAGGACAGACUUCAUUCGAAAAAGGUAUCAGUCUUCAACAACUCAUCAAGCAAAGUCACUUCUCCAGUUCGUUCUCUCUUCCAUUAAGAAAAAUGAAACUUACUCUUCGCUAUUUGAUCAUCUUCGGCUUCGUUGCAGCUCUUCAAGCAGCAGUUAUCAAUGAAGCUGAAUCCGUGUCCGACGUGGAACAAGGCAAAAGCGACGAGCAGGCUCGUGAAAAACGUGGAUUUGCCAGCGGUGGUGGUGGAUAUGGCGGAGGUGGCAGCUCUGGAUACGGCGGAGGAGCCGGCGGUGGAGCUGCUGGAUAUGGAGUAGGUUAUGGUGGAGCCGCAGCUAUUGCACAGGAAGCUGCCAAUGCAGCCAAGGCAGCACAGAACGCACAGGCCGGAGCUGCAGCUCAGGCUGCCCAGCAAGCAAAAGCUACACUAGCGGCACAAGCCGUUCAGGCAGCUCAGCAAGCUCAAGCAGUUGUGGCAGCAAAACAGGCGCAGGCCGCUCAAAUCUCCCAGGCUGCUCAAGCUGCCCAGGCUGCAGCAUUUGCCGAAUCAGCACAGGCCGCCCAAGCAACCCAGGCCGUUCAGGCCGCCGAAGCAACUAAAGUUCAGGCUCUUCAACAAGCUCAAGCUCUGGCAGCUGCUUCUAGAGCCGCACAGUCUCAUGCUGCUCAGGCUGUUGCUGCUGUCCAAGCUGCUCAGGCCCAACAAGCUUCCCAAGCUCAGAUGGCCUACCAGGCCCAAGCAAACGCCCAAGCUUUGGCGUACAAACAACAAGCUUCUUUGGCUGAUUUGGCAGCUGCCCAGCAGGCAGCCAACAAGGCUUACUCAGCUGCCCAAGCUGCCCAGGCCACAGCUGUCGGUGGUGGUGGUUCCUACGGUGGAUUUGGCAGCGGUUACGGUGGAAGCUCUGGCGGCUGCCCAGCUUGUUAAACAUUGACUGAAAGAAUUGUCCUUGAGCGAUUCAUCUUUGACCAACCAUGAAUGACGAAAGGUGUUGCAGAUUUUUAAUGAAGAUUGUAGAUCAAUCCCUAUAUUUCAUACUGUUUUAAUUGUGACCCAUAAAUACAGUAUCAUUACUUUACUUA